CUAUUGUAUUCAAGUUUACAUUUAUUCAUGUGUUGUGUCAACAGUAAGGACGCUAAUUUCUACAAUUAUUAAAUAACAAUUCAUAGUGUUUCAUACGUAAAUAGAAACUAAUUGAAGGUGAUAAAUAGUUAAUAGUAAUACAGUUUUAAAAAGCAAAGGUCUAAACUACAUUAAGUAUUAUAUUAAAUUACUUUAAGAUUAUAGUGCCACUCCCUAGCUUAUAUGGUCAAAUAUAAUAUGCUUUUAUAUGUAAUUAAAUUCUUUCAACAUUAUUCUUAAUCAAAACGGCUAAUUUCUUUCUUAAAUUAUUUAUAUUAUUUUUGUCAUAAUUAAUAUAAAUUAUAUUAAAGUGAGAUUACCAUUAAUUUGAUAAAUUUGUAAUCUUUCAAUUAUAUUGAAGUAAUAAUGUAUUGUGUAUCAGAGAUUAUAACAUACAUUCUUAUUGUAACAAGUUAUACAUUUGCACAAAAUGUCUUAUAUGGAGAACAAUAUCAGUGUCCACAACAUUGGAUAAAAUUUCAAGAAUCAUGUUAUCGUUUCAUAAAGAGUCCUAUUAGGGACAGACAAGAAGCUAAAAAAAAUUGUGAAGCUUAUCAAAGUGAUCUUAUUACAAUUAAUUCCUUAGAAGAACAUGGAUUCAUAUUAUAUCACUUAUUAUGGCAAGAUCCACAACACCGUAAAUGGUAUACUGGUAUAAAAUAUCAGAAUGGAAAUUGGAUAAAUGAAGCUGAUAAUACUCAAUUAUUAAAUAUGGAAAAUGCAUUUUUACCUGAACCAGUUGAUAAUACACUUGAAAGAGAUUAUUUAGUGUAUUCUUAUCAUAAUAAUUUACAACGAUGGGGACUGGAAAAAGUAACUGGUAGAGAUAGGCUCUUAUACAUUUGUGAAGCACCAAUUUCUAAUUUGCAUAACUUAGUAGAUGAUGAUCGUACUUACCAAUAUGGUAUUGAAAUUGAUAAUCCUCGUGAAAUUCCUAGAGGACCAUAUUUCAUCAAACAACCUAUUGAUAAAGUAUUUGAUUUGUCAAAAAGAAAAAUAAACAAUGAUGUUGCACUGAGCUGCUUAGCAGGUGGUUAUCCUGCACCAACAUAUGAAUGGUUCAAAGAAGAUUAUGAGAAUGACAGAUUCAUUGCAACAAAAAUAGAUCCAUUAAAUAAUAAUAGAUACACACUCAGUGGUGGCACUUUAAUUAUUUAUGAACCUGAUCAGACAGAAGACAGAGGUUCAUACCACUGUAAAGCAACCAAUAAAUUUGGCACAAUUAUAUCUGAAAGCAUGGAACUGUCAUUUGGGUAUAUAUUGGAAUUUAAUUUAAAACGUUCAGAAGAACGUGGAGAACAAAAUUGGGGUAAAGUUGUAUAUUGUGAUCCACCACAACAUUUUCCAGGAGUCAAAUAUUAUUGGGCACGUGACUAUUUCCCCAAUUUUGUGGAAGAAGAUAAACGUGUUUUUGUUUCUCAUGAUGGAGCACUUUAUUUUUCUGCAUUGGAAAUGAUUGAUCGUGGCAAUUAUUCUUGUAAUGUUCAAAGUGUUGCUUCUGAUACUGGUCGUAAUGGGCCAUUUUUCCCUUUGAGGGUUGAUCCACAUUCCUCCUUCCAACAAUUAAAGUUCUCUGAUAAUUUUCCAAAAGCAUUUCCAGAUGCUCCAAUUGCAGGAGAGGAAGUUAGACUUGAAUGUGUUGCAUUUGGAUACCCAAUUCCAUCAUACAAUUGGACAAGAAGAGGUGCAUCCCUGCCACGUGGAUCAUACACAACUAGUUAUAAUCGAGUAUUAAUAAUUCCAAAAGUACAUGUUGAUGAUCAAGGAGAGUACACUUGUAGAGUUUAUAAUGACAGAUCAGUAAUUGAAAAUUCUGUAAGACUAACUAUUCAAGCAGCUCCGAAUUUUACAAUUCCAUUAGUAGAUAAACAUAUGGAUAAUAGAGGAGAGUUAACUUGGACUUGUGAAGCAUUUGGAAUACCAGAUGUAUCUUAUAGUUGGUUUAGAAAUGGCGAAAUAUUAAAUAUGGAAACACUUCCUUCACAAGAUAGAGAUCGAUAUUCUAUACAAGAUAAUGUCUUAAGUAUAAAAUAUUUAGAUCCAGAGCGAGAUCAAGCUAUGUAUCAAUGUCGUGCAAGAAAUCAGUUAAAAACGAAGUAUUCAUCUGCACAACUUCGAAUUUUAUCAUUAAAACCAUCUUUUAAAAAGCGACCUAUGGAACCCGAGACUUACGCAGCAGAAAAAGGUAAUGUCACGAUAUUCUGUAAUCCUGAAGCUGCACCUAGACCAAAAUUUGUUUGGAAAAAAGAUGGAAAUGUGAUUGGUUCUGGUGGUAGACGUAGAAUUUUAGAAACUGGUAAUCUAAUAAUUAGCCCAGUAUCAAGGGAUGAUGAAGGCACAUACAUUUGCACUGCAACAAAUCAAUAUGGAAGCGAUGACACUCGUGGACGGUUAAUAGUAUUACGUGGUCCACAAUUUAUUGAAAAGUUACCACAACACGUUACAAGUGCAGUGAUGCAAAAUCAAACACUGCGUUGCAUGGGGGAAGUAGUUGACGAAAUGCUUGAUGUAGCUUAUAUUUGGAAACAUAAUGGUUUACGUAUCAGAGACGAGGAUUUAAUAAAUAAUCCUAGAUUGCAUAUUGACGGAGAAGAACUUAAUAUAAUAAACGCUACAUUCGCAGAAGCAGGAGAAUAUCAGUGCAUAAUUAAAAGUGCAGUAGGCGAAAUUUCUAGUAAAACAACAGUUACAAUAGAGGGACCACCAGGACCACCUGGUGGUGUACAAGUUGUAAAUAUUGUAAAAACUUCUACAACCUUACGUUGGACUGAUGGUGCUUUUAAUGGCAAACCCAUUACUAUGUAUACUGUAAGCGCAAGAACAAAUUGGAAUCACACAUGGUCUAAUAUCAUAGAAAAUAUAACUGCUGUUGAAGUAGAUAGAUAUAAUGGUAGAAAAGAGGCUUAUUUGGAGAAUGUUUUAAAUCCUUAUACUACAUAUGAGUUCUGUGUAUCUGCUUUUAAUGAAUUAGGAUACAGUUUACCAUCAUCACCUUCCCCACAGUACAGUACACCGUCUGAUAAACCAACAAAAGUUCCAUCCAACAUAGGCGGAGGAGGAGGGAAAAUCGGAGAUCUUACAAUAACAUGGGAUCCUCUACCAUCAUCUGAACAAAAUGGUCCAGGAAUCUACUACAAAGUUUUCUGGCGUCAAAAGUAUCACGAAACCGAGUUUCAGUCAUUAUCUUUGAAAGACUAUGGUAAUACUGGGAGAAGUGUUGUUCAGAUACAACAACAAUAUUAUUACACAGAAUAUGAAGUUAAAGUCCAAGCUGCUAAUGCAUUAGGUUUUGGACCAAUUUCUAAUGCAGUUACGAUAUUUAGUGCUGAAGAUAUGCCCCAAGUAGCUCCACAGCAAGUUAUAGCACAUGGCUACAAUAGUACUAGCUUAAAAGUUAGUUGGUUGCCAAUUGAACAGACACGUGAAAGGAUACGGGGCAAAUUAAUAGGCCAUAGAAUAAAGUAUUGGAAAGAAAGUAAUAAAGAGGAAGAUGCAGUAUAUUACUUAUCUCGAAGUGCAAGACCUUGGGCUCUUGUAGUUGGUUUGCAACCUGACACUUAUUAUUAUGUUAAAGUCAUGGCGUAUAAUUCUGCUGGAGAGGGCCCUGAAAGUGAACGAUAUUUAGAAAGAACUUUCCGUAAAGCACCGCAAAAACCUCCAUCUUCUGUCAAUGUAUAUGGAGUAAAUCCUUCAACAGUUCGGGUUGUUUGGCGUUAUGUACAACCAAGUUUAGAAGAAGAACCAUUAAUAGGCUAUAAAAUACGUGUUUGGGAGCUAGACCAAGAUAUGAGCACCGCGAAUGAUACUAUUAUACCGGGUGGCUCGAAAUUAGAAGCUUAUAUCACAAAUCUCAGCCCUGGAAAGGCAUACCAUUUACGUGUACUUGCAUUUAGCAACGGAGGAGAUGGACGAAUGUCGAGUCCAACUCAUACAUUCCAAAUGGGCGAUGCAGCUGCUUUUAGAAGCAGUGCUGGUAAUAAAAUUUUGGAUGCUACUUUAGGUAUAUCAUUGUUAUUAUUAUUGAGAAUUUAUGAAUACAUAUAGUAUGAGUAUAAGAUACUUUUGAUAUAUCACAAAUUUACUAAACUGUUAGUAAGAAAUGAACGCGAGAGAAAGAGAGAGAGAGAGAGAGAGAGAGAGAGAGAGAGAGAGAAUACGUAUGUGUGUAUGCGCGCGUGUGUGUAUGAAAUAUUUUUAUGAAAAGAUAGAAAUAGACCAGUAUAAUUUGCUGUUUUCAAAUUACUAAUUUGUUGAGAAAUAUUUGUGCAAAUUAUGAUACCAUUAUUAUUUAAUUAUUUUCUAACCAGAUCUAACAUUGCUAGACAAUAUUAAUCAUAUCCAAAACUUUUACAAAUAAUGUAACACAUUAAAGAGCUCACUUGAAAAAAAUACUGUUUAUUGUAAUAUUUAGUAAGUUUUACAUUAAAUGGACAGUAGAUGAUUUUCAUAAAAUAUUUAUGACAUUGGUAUGAUAAUGUUGAUAUGAAUAUGAAUGCGAAAUAUAAAGUGAAAUCUCAAUACUUUUAACAAGUACUUGUUCUUUUAAGAAUAAAAGUAAUGGAAAGCUUAAUGGAAAAGUGGUACAAAUACAUUUUAUUAGAAAAAUAAAGUAAGUACUGGAAGUACUUAAGUACUAAGCAGAACCAUUUUGUAGACAAGGGUGCCUAUACGAAUUAAUGUUAUUUUUGCAAAAAAGAGUUUGCCACUUUUCUCUUAAAAAUAAUUUAUUAUAAAAAUAUAACAUACAAACUUUUAUAUAAAUUAAUAUUGUUUUUCUAAAUUAUUUAGACUUUAUGAUAUUAUGAGCAAAUGAUCUUUUAAGAAUUUUUUUAUACAAGAAAUCAUGUUUAUCCGUCCAUAAAUAAAUAUCCAAAUAAUGUGUAAAUAAUAAUUAUCAUAUUAAUAUUUUUUAAUAUUAUAUUCUUGUAUAGACAAUAAUAAAAAUCUUCGUUAAGAAAAAUCUCAUAAUGCAUAAAAAUUUGUUACUCAAUUAUGUAAAAAGUUUAUUAUUUGUAUAAUCCUACUUAACUCGGAAAAUUAAAAUUAUACAAAAUAAUAAAUUUUGGUAGCUAUAACUUAUUGAUGUAAGAAUGUUUAAUUCGUGAAAAUAGGAUACAUACCUUUUUAUACUAAUACAUUUAUAAUAAAUAAAAUCUUAUAUAUGUUUUUUACAGAAAAA